AUGACAAUCAACCACAUCUUCUUCAAUGCUUCCGCAGCCAAGUUUCAAGCUUUACGAGCCUUCUGCGAAGUCGUAUUGAAACCCAUAGGUUAUACCGAAAUGGUCUGUACAAACAACGACGGUCUUAUCGGCUAUGGUAGCGAUUACCCUUAUUUUUGGCUGAAGAAAUUGGCUGAAGGGCAAGCGCCGAUGCCAACGCAUGUGGCGUUUGAUGCUCCGAGUCGAGAGGCGGUAGAUCGGUUUUAUGAGAUUGCUUUACAAAACGGCGGAUGUGAUAACGGACCGCCGGGAAUUCGAAAGGAGAUGAGCAGGCAGCUGUACUAUGCGGCUUUUGUCUCGGAUAUAGAUGGAAACAAUUUGGAAGCAGUUUAUAUUUCGAAGUAA